UGCAUCCUCCUCUCCCCGAGCAACGAAACGUCGAAGAAAGAAUAGGGACAGUAAUCCAGCCGAGGAGGUGAUAAGGCGUGCAUUACAAGAAAUUGCCUCUUUUCGCAGCAGUUACGAAAGUGAACCGAACCUUGACUACGCUUGUCACAGCUUCUCAAGUAGACUAACAAGUGAUGACCUCACCAAGCUACACCAGAGUUCUCGUCCACCUGCGCCGGGCAACUCAAGGACUGUACACCUGUGCCCAGUUUAAUGAAUGUUUACUAGAUUCCCUGGGCCUGGAUGGGGAGGGACUGGUAGAGUGCUCCCUGCAGGACAAUAAGCUGCUACUACAGUGUCCAACAGAGAAUGUUUCUCCAUCAGCUUGUAAUGCUAGACCCUCCCUUUACAAAAUCAUGCAUCCACCAUUCUGUCCCAUUCAGCAUCUGGACAAGGAGGGGAGGGAUGGCCUUCCUUCAGAUAUAAAGAUGCGAGGGGUGGACGUUGGGGUGGCAGUGCUCCUUGAGUCCAGUGACCACAGGCUCCUACUCACCCACCGGGCUGGACACAUGCGGACCUUCCCUGGCAUCUGGGUGCCUCCAGGUGGUCAUGUGGAGGAUGGAGAGAGUCUGGAAGAUGCUGUGCUGCGGGAGCUGUGUGAAGAGACAGGAUUAGAGGUAACAGAAGAGGAGAGAAAGAGCAGCCACAUCCUGGGUCUGUGGGAGUCUGUCUACCCCCCAGUGCUGGCCAUGGGAGAACCCAAGAGACAUCAUGUGGUGGUGUACCUACACAUCACCCUCAGCAGAGCAUCAGAACAAUUGAAUAAGGAGUUCAAGCUGUGUCCAGAAGAGGUUGAUGCAGCUGCCUGGCUGUCAGUGGACCUCAUCAAACGUUCUGUGUGGAACAAAGAUCAGCUUGAUAAGGCGGGGUUUGUAGACAACAACGACCACAUUCCCAUCACACUUGUUAACCAGGAGGGAGAACAUUUAGAGGGUGAUUUGGAAUCAUCUAUUCUCACACGAAAGCAGGAACCAAAUGCACUGACUGGAGACAGAAUCAGCACAGGAAGCAGAUAUGCUCUCUCCUUGUGGCUGAGUCAGCACUUGGAAGGUUCAGGUGAUGAAGAAACUUCCCAAGAGUGGCUGUAUGGAAAGUACUUGAAGACAAACAGCACAAAACAGGUUCCUGUAUCGAAAUACUGAUAACUACACAGUACUCUGUCAGUAGGUUGUGAUAUUGUAUUGCUUAUUGUAUUUUCCCCUAUCUUUGGUAGGGCACUCAUCAAAAUGUAUAAAUGAGACUGAACCUAACCUUUAAUAGUUAUAUUUAUGUAAAUGUUAUCUCAAAGUUGGGUUCUUGAGGCAAAAAAUUACACAUUCCCUCACAUAUGCUCUCACUUGCAUCGACACACACACACACACACACACACACACACACACUUAUAAAUGAUGUUAAAUAUGUAAAUAAAAUCAAUGAUGUAAUAAUUUGGUAUAGGAAUAACUUUUGUCAACAGUUUUGUUAUUUAUUAAAACAAUAUAAUAUUCA